AUGGAAAAACGAGCUGCUGGUAAAAGAAAACUUAUUUCUUCCAAAUCUGCAUUUACCUAUUAUUGGGAUGCAUUUGAAUCGGAUUACAAAUCGUCUAAUAAAGUCACGAUUCGAACUUGCGAUAGGAAACCUAUUGCGACCGUAAAUAAGGAUUUUGCAAUUGAGAUGAAAACGGAAGGAACUGGUGUGAGUAAAUCUGGCAGAGUAUUUAACUUUGGUGCAGCUAAUGACCUUCGUCUGGGAACAAAGUUUUACAUUCCAAAGCUUGAUGGAAUGCUCAUGCCGGGCGGGGUACGUCACAAUGGAUGCGUAGAAGCUGAUGAUGAAGGUCACGGUUCUGUUUUGGAAAAACGAGCUGCUAAUAAAGGAAAACUUCUUUCAUCUAAAGCUGAAUUUACCUAUUAUUGGGUUGUAUAUGAAUCGGAUUACAAAUCGUCUAAUCAAGUCACGAUUCGAACUUGCGAUAAGAAACCUAUUGCGACUGUAAAUAGGGAUUUUGCAAUUGAGAUGAAAACGGAAGGAACUGGAGUGAGUAAAUCUGGUAAAGUACUUAAUUUUGGUGAUUGUGAUUGCGACUCUGGCUUCAAUUGUUUCAUUGAACUAAAGAAUAAAAAGCACUCGCUUGGUAUUUCAUCAAGUCAGAAGCCUCUUAUACCAUUUGUCACCAUAGCAGCUAAUGAUAUUCGUCUGGGAUCAAAGGUUUACAUUCCAAAGCUUGAUGGAAUGAUCAUGCCGGGCGGGAUAAGACACAAUGGAUGCGUAAAAGCUGAUGAUCAAGGCCGCGGGUUUGGAGGAAAGCAUAUUGAUUUUUUUGUUGGCAAAGAAUCCAAUUACAAAGACUUAAUAAAGCAAAAGCUCUUCACCGAAGUUGAAGUUUUUUGCAGAGAGGACUGUAUUAUUCUGAAUUAUACAAAAGUUUAG